UUUCCAUCUCCCACACAAACCCCAUUCCUCCCUUUAGCCCUAACCCCUAUAUAUACGUGAAGUCCCCGAAACACUAAGCUCGUGCCAUUAGCUUUUACAUUAAGAGAAAACACUUGCAAAACUAAGUGCUAUCUCUCUUCUUCUUCCUUCUCCUAACAACUUAUAUACCAUGAGUCUCUUCAACACUGAAAACACAUGGGCCUUUGUCUUUGGCUUGCUCGGCAACCUUAUCUCCUUUGCCGUGUUCCUAUCUCCUGUGCCAACGUUCUAUAGGAUUUGGAAGAAGAAGACAACAGAAGGGUUUCAGUCUAUUCCUUAUGUUGUGGCGCUCUUCAGUGCGACGCUUUGGCUUUACUAUGCGACACAGAAGAAAGAUGUCUUCCUCCUCGUAACCAUUAACGCCUUUGGUUGCUUCAUCGAAACCAUCUACAUCUCUAUGUUCCUUGCCUACGCUCCCAAGCCAGCUCGGAUGUUGACAGUGAAGAUGCUACUUCUUAUGAACUUUGGAGGAUUCUGUGCGAUUCUCCUUCUUUGCCAAUUCUUGGUAAAAGGAGCCACACGUGCUAAGAUUAUCGGAGGAAUCUGUGUCGGAUUCUCUGUUUGUGUUUUCGCUGCUCCUCUAAGCAUAAUCAGGACGGUAAUAAAGACAAGAAGUGUGGAGUACAUGCCCUUUAGCUUAUCCUUAACCCUUACCAUCAGUGCUGUCAUAUGGCUCCUUUAUGGUCUUGCUCUCAAGGACAUCUAUGUUGCUUUCCCGAAUGUGCUUGGUUUUGCUCUCGGUGCACUCCAAAUGAUACUCUACGUUGUCUACAAAUACUGUAAAACGUCGCCGCAUCUAGGAGAGAAAGAAGUCGAAGCUGCUAAGUUACCGGAGGUGAGCCUCGAUAUGUUGAAGCUAGGCACAGUUUCAUCCCCUGAGCCAAUCUCAGUGGUUCGUCAAGCGAACAAGUGUACCUGCGGAAAUGAUCGAAGGGCUGAGAUUGAAGAUGGACAAACCCCUAAACAUGGCAAGCAGUCCUCUUCCGCAGCAGCUACAUGAAUAAAAAUACGUUAAUGUUGACUUUACCCCAACUUGAUAUACCAACCACCACGUGUACCCCGUUACGCUGUCGUAUUUUUCUGAGUUUAUCAAGUGUGCGAAGUAGAGGAUUAAUUUUCCGGAGUUAGUUUCUCUACUUCUUUAUAAAAAUUUGUGUAAUUAUCUAUUGGGGAUAAUGUAUAUUUCCUAUUUUCUGAUUUAACGAAAACUAUUUAAAAUAUCCAUCAUGAUUCUGUCUUUUUUUUUUUUGGUCAUACUUAAUGUUUUCUGUUUAUUUUAAGGACAUAAUAUUAAUAAUAUACGAUAAAGUUUUCUAAUUAUGAAAGAUAAUAUUUGACUUGAGAAUUA